AUGAAAAAACCCGCAAAAGUCGACUACCUGCACACCAUGGGCUCGGUCGGUGCCCUGGCUGUCGUGGUUGGACUUGUGCUAUCGCCGUUUGCGCAACAAAUUGCAACUUACAAGACACGCAUGACCCCUACGUCUGUCAAUGCCACAAAUUGGCGUGCCUUAUCUUAUUCGUUCGCAUUACCCGGCCUGGAUGCUAGUGCCGCCUUCGUGCCCGUGCUGCCGCUGAAAGCUGCCGUAUACAAUGGUCUGUUUGCUGAGAAUGGAAAGCCGUGGCUCAGUCUCCCUUUCAACUGUCCAACGGGUAAUUGCAUCUGGGAGCCCUUCGAUUCGUUGGCGGUUUGUAACUCAUGUAUCGAUAUGAGUGCCUAUAUGACGAGAUAUUGUGCCAAUGGCACCCCUAAGGAUGGGGACACGGCCGAGUGCGGUUGGUCGCUGCCGUCCGGCGCUGUGCUCAAUAGCAGCGAUAUUGCCUUCAGCAUGACUUCUGAAUUUCCCUCGGAAACUGGAGAAGGAUCAUAUUCAACUAUUAUGAAACUCAUCUUCAUGGGCACCGAGUCUCAAGCUGGACAGGAAGGCCAACUACAACCGUGGGCACGCCAGUGCACCCUUCAGGCUUGCGUCCAGACUAUCGACUCUAUCGUUACGAACGGCGAGCUGCAGGAAAAUGUGACGAAUAUCAUCACAAACACAAGCGUGGUAUCAACGGAUCCCGGCAGUACAGACAUGGAACCUGUCGUAAUUCGUACAAACGCAUCCAGCCAUGAUGUUGAUUCUCACUCUGCUUCAAACGUUUCGUCGUACAUCCUCAGCAAGGAGGCGAUGAUCAGUAUGCAGUCAUGGUUUGCUGAGCUGUUCACCAACGGGUCAGCAUCGCGCAAUAAAGACUACAUCUCCAAGACGAUCACAUCAGCCAAUAAUGCAGCCAUCAGAGUCAAUCUCACAGUAGGUAUCAGCUCUGGAGAAACAUUCUUCGACACGGAUAUCGUGCAGGCCUUUUAUUGGAACUACUACGAGUAUCCGUCUGGACUUGACAUGUUGAUGAACGACCUUGCGACUUCACUGACAGUAGCUUUCCGGAGCCUUUGGGGACAGGAGGCUGUUAAUGGUAUUGUAUACAUGAGUUGGAGUCAUGAUGCAAAGCUUUGGAAGACGAGUGUGCUGGCGCUGCUCUUCUAUGGCCUCGAUGAUGAUGCACGGGAAAAGGUUGAAGAUAUGGACAACUUCGAAGCUAUGAGACGAGGAGCGGUAAACUUGAAGGUGAAGCUGGAGGACCGAGCUGGCGCCAAUGUGCUUCUCAGACCUGAGCAACCCUUCUGA